CGGCCGACGUCUUCGUGAGUAGGCACACGGCCGUGCCGCGCGAGGACGUCGACGCGUACGUCAAGACGCGUGUACUGCCGGCCGGCGGGCCGUCCCAGGCCGCGCGCGUCGACGGCAGCGGCGCCAACCUAUUAUUGAAGGAGUGCCCGUCCGCCGGCUUCUGCUCGCCCACCAAAUACGCCGGCACGGGCAAGCCGGGCAACGACUACAAGUUUGCGAUUCUGAGGGAUGGUGGCGCGUAUUUUUGCCAUCGAUGCGGCGGCAAGGGCUCGUGGUACGAUUUGAGGUUGGGCAUGUCCGGGGCGGUGCCCUCGUCCCUGGAGGGGGAGGUCCAGUCCACGCCGCGCGUGCGUUCGGGUGACACACCGAGGCCGGACGCCGCGAUCGCCGCGCGGUGUCCCGUCGCGCUCUUCGACGCGCAAGGGAGUGAGGUCAAGCGGUAUCUCAAUGACACGCGCGGCUUGGACGAUACUACACUAGCUGUCUACGGCGUGGGCUACGCUUCUCGCAAAUUCCGGGACGGCGAGCGGUGGGUCGACGAGCCGUGCGCGACGUUCCCCUGGAUCCAGGUUCCCGGCGACGGACCGGCGUCGACCGUGCGGCUGAAAGUUCGAAGUGUGCGCACGAAGCGGCACAUGCGCGUCGAGCCCGCCGGUUUUUUUCCCGCGUCCUUGUUUUUUCCUUCUUUACGUUGUUGCCGCGAGACUUCACGUGUCGCCACGCCGUCGCCGCCACGCCGUCGCCGCGAGACUUCACGCCAUCGCCGCGACUCGUCGUGAGCGUGCUGCACACAGGCGGCGACUGGGGCCUCUUCGGCCUGCACACCGUGCCGGCCGACGCGGCCGAGCUCGUCAUCACGGAAGGCGAGUACGACGCGAUGGCCGUCUACCAGGCGACGGGCCGCGCGGCGGUCUCGCUGCCGAACGGCGCCGCGUCGCUGCCGCCGGCGGUCCUGCCGUUGCUGGAGCGGUUCAAGCGCAUCUUUUUGUGGUGCGACGGCGACGAGGUGCCGGCGCGGCGUCCGUCUCCUGUCUUCCUGUGGUCCGGUGGCGUGGGGUGGGGUGGGACGACGAGGUCCAGCGCGACCACCGGCACGCCAUCACCGCGACCCGUCCGUACCUGCGGCCGCGGCGCCCACGAGCCGGCCGCUGACCUGGGGGAGAGGCCCCCGCACGCCAUCGACGUGUAACUCACACAGGCCGGCGUGAACGCGGCGCGGAAGUUCUCCGCGAAAUUGGGGCGGCACCGCUGCGUGGUCGUGCGGGCGCCGGACGAUUGUAAAGAUGCGAACGAUUGUCUGAGGAAGGACCCUUCAUUGGUCAAGCGCGCCUUGGACGACGCCGGCGCGCCGGACCAUGACGGGUUGGUGUCCUUCAAGGAGCUGCGGGGCCAGGUCCUGCACGAGCUGCGGCACCCCGAUUUGUACGUCGGCGCGCCUUUACCCUCUUUUCCGAAGCUUACGGGCCUGGUGAAAGGCGCAAGGCCCGGCGAGCUCACGUUGCUGACGGGGCCUUCAGGCGCGGGCAAGACGACACUGGCGUCGCAAAUUUCCAUUGAUUUACUAGAGUCCGGCGCGCCGACGCUCUGGGGCUCGUUCGAGGUCAAGAACUCGGCGCUCGCCAUCAAGAUGCUGCGGCAGCAGGCGCGACGGCGCGACGGCCUGCCGAACGAGCCGCGGUUACUAGAUGCAUUGUGUGACGACUUCCAGCGGUUACCUCUCCAUUUCAUGCGCUUCCACGCGGCGACGGAGGUUGAUGAUGUUGUCGACGCGAUGGAGUUCGCGGCCUACGUCCACGACGUCGAGCACGUCGUCCUGGACAACCUGCAGUUCAUGACGCAGGCGGGGCCGCGCGACGCGUCGCGCUUCGAGGCCCAGGACCGGGCCAUCGCGCGGUUCCGCGACUUCGCGACGCGGCGCGGCGUCCACGUGGUCUUGGUGGUCCACCCGCGCAAGGAGGACCCGACGCAGAAGCUGGCGCUGACGUCGAUCUACGGCGGCGCGAAGGCGGCGCAGGAGGCCGACAACGUCCUGAUCCUCCAGGCGCCCGCGCAGCCGGUGGCGCCGGGCCACGCGUCGUCGCAGCAGUCGCAGGCGCCCAUCCCGAAGUGGGUCGAGGUCGCGAAGAACCGCUACGCGGGCACGCUGGGUUCAGUGAUGAUGGCCUUCAACGACACGACGUGCCGGUACUACGAGCUUUCCGCGGGCGCGUCGGCCUCGUCGGCGUCGGGCGCGGCGGUGAGGUAAUCUUGUUUUCUCUA